CAACCACAACCUUGCGAAGUUAUUCAAUACCUACCAAAGUUUCGACAACUGCGACAAGUUGUUCAAACAGUACUAGGGAGGGAAAUUUGUAUUGUAUUUGUGUAAUUAAAUGACGGGUAUUGAGUAAAGUUUGGAUUGUAUUUAGUGUUUAAAUCUACUUGUAUAAUGGGUAAGAAAUCAUCAUCAAUAAAGAAAGGAAUUGGUAAAAUAUCUGUUUCAAUUACUUAAGAGAAAAAUUAUGUGGGAAGAAGAAGAAAGAAACCCAUGUUAAUGCAAAAUCAAUACUGAAAUUGGAACAUAUUAAGAAUCUUGCUACAUGGUCAGUGGAGAAGCUUCCAUUCCUUCACUUGGUGCAUUCUUUGGCCAAAAAUUAGCUGCAUCAGCUAAGUCUUUGGGUGUUUUGACUGAUCCUUCAUUAUUUACUUGUCAAAGGUGUGAAUCUAUCCUUCAAGCUGGAUACAACCGUACAACAUGGAUUGCGAAGAACAAAAGGAAGGCACGAAGGAAACGCAAGACAUCUGGUAUUCCCCCGGAGAACUAUGUUGUAUAUGAGUGUCAUUUCUGCUCACAUCGGAAUCUAAAAAGAGGAACCCCAAGAGGCUAUAUGAAAGAUCUAUAUCCUGCCAAACCAACAACUUCAAGAGUUGACCCUGCUAAAUCAGCAAACCGAAAGUCUGAACAGUUGGAUACGUUAGUGGCUAGCAUUGAUAAGGAAAGAGUUGACACUACUGAAUCAGCAACCCAAAAGUCCGAACAGUUCAAUGAAUCAAGGGGUAGUACCGACACACAGAUAAUAAGACAAAUAUAAUAAUUGUUUUAUCUGAAAUAGUUGGAGAUGAUCCUGCAACUCCAUUGUCAACAGUUGCGGUUACUUCUUUGUUAGACUCGAAGAGGAGGAAACGAAAUAGAACAGGGUCCAAGAAGAAAGUUGAACCUCCGGAUGGUUUAUCCAUGAGAGUUGCUGAGAAGACUGUCGCAACAUCCAAGUAAGCGAAAGAAGCAGUCGUGGACCAGUUUGAAGGAAAUUGCUGAAAGUCAGAGUAGCAAUAGCAGGAAGUUCUCCAGCAUAUCUGUUCCAUUUAUUCUUUAGUUAGUCGUAAGAAUUGUAUUGUUGUCUGUUGAGCAUCCUUUACCUUGGUGUUGAUUCACUAAAUGAUAUUUCUUACUGGGUUCUCACUAUAUGUAAUUGGUAUUAAAAAUCCGGUCUGCCCUUACCUCAGAUGUAGAAAGGUUGUUUCUAAUAGGUCCUCAAUUUAGAGAAAAAGAAAAUAAAAAGCAGUUUCGAACAAGAAGUAGCGGAAGAACAAAAAAACAACAGAUAGUAACAAUAACAAAAAUCGAGAAACUACAAGGCCAAUAUUAUCACUACUAAUUUAAGUGACAAGAAAACAACGUCCUGCUCCCUGCUAACAUUCUACCACUAUAUCUCUAUGCAAUGAAAACUAAACAAAGAAUGAUCUUUUCAACUGUUCCUCAGAAUUUGUUUAUCUUCAAAAAGAAAACAGAACAGGCCAUACAAUGUAUUAGUGGAAUAGAGUAAAUUGCUCAUAUGCAUAAAAUGUUUUAGAUGGAAAAUGAGUGAACUUUCACAACAAUAGUAGUAUCAAGAUUCUUAAAAAAAAAAAAAAAAAAUUAAAAA